UGCUGUAUGCUUUUUUAAAUGUUUGAGCCUCUCACCUUGGGUAAGAUGCUUCUUUUCCCACAGAAAUGCCUGAUAAACCAAAGCUUCUACCGUGAAUUGGGACCAGAUGUCGAAUUUCAUUUUGGGAUGGACAGGGGUGCUUUUGUGAACUUCAGCCUUUGGACUACGGAAAAUUAAACUCAUUCAGGCAAACAGAACUCACAACCAGUGUAGAGGGAAAGCUUUGGCAAUGCUGAACUUUUAAAGUGGAAGGAAAUAGUCAAAAUAACUGCUUGAGGAUAUUUCUGGCUUUGGUAAAGUGUUUUCCUCUGAAAAUGGAGUUGUGGAAGUAUCAGUCCGAAGUCCAUUGGCCUGCUGGUUUAGUGCAAUGCUUUGUUGCUUUGGGGGUUCAGUUUUGUCUUCACUGAUGCUUGGUGAACCUCCAGUAGCAUUUCUAGCAAAGACUGUAAAUAUUCUACUGGCAUCCUCAGUCUGGUAUCUAGUGUUUUACUGCCCAGAAGACAUAUUCUACCGCUGCUUUUCCUUGAUACCUCUUCGUCUUCUGGUGGCAGGAAUGAAAGAAGUGACAAGGACUUGGAAGAUCACAGAUGGCAUUGCACAUGCAGACAUUGUCUACAAAGAUGCCUGGCUUGUCAUGGUAGCUGUGGGCUGGGCCAGAGGUGCUGGUGGUGGCCUAAUUUCCAAUUUUGAGCAGCUGGUGAGAGGAGUGUGGAAACCUGAAACCAAUGAGCUCCUGCAGAUGUCCUACCCUGUGAAGGUAACUUUGAUAGGAGCAGUUCUUUUCACCCUGCAACACAGACAGUACUUGCCAAUAGCGAAACACAACCUUGUGUUUUUAUACACCAUCUUUCUUGUUGUCUUCAAGGUAAAAAUGAUGUUGACAAGAGGUGCAGCUUCUCCACUUGCUCCCUUUGAGGCUGCAUUGGGCCAAAUGUUUUUUGGCUCACGAAAGACACCUUCCAAAGUGAAGGAUGAAGGCGUCACAUCUUCCAAUGGCUCUUCAGUCUGUGACCAGCCCUCUGCGCAGCACCAUGAGGAUGCUAAGAAAAAGCAAGCAAAGAAAACAGAGUAAAUUACUCUAAAUCCUCACGAUGGUCAUGAAGAUGUUUGUCUUCCAGAUUAGACUGGCUGAGAAGUUUCUCUAAGGAAGUGAGAACAGGGUUGUGUUGUGGUUUGCCUUUUUGGAAUGUGUUAUUACGUGAGCUAUGUGUAAAUGCACAUGCUGGAUUUGUGAGUUAAAACUAUGAAUUCUCAUAGUGGUUAAAAGUUUAUGGAUUUUGUAUUUAUGAUAACUUCAAGUGCUUACAUGUUAAAAAGAUAGUUUAAAAAAUGUGACAAUCAUAUAUUUUUCUUUUCCUACUGUAUCACUUGUUUAAUGUCUUACUAUCUCCCAGUUCUUGUUUCAUUUUGAUAACACUGAUUUGUACUGUCAGGUGUUCACUGUAGCACAUCCCAUAAAAGAAACUCAUUAAGUAGGACCUAAGCACAUUUCACUGUGGAAAACCAUAAAAAUGUACCACUUUAUUGCCUUUAACUAGAAG